AUCAAAUUCCAGACACACUCGGCGAGAGGCCAUAAGGAUGACAUCUUACGAUGGAGGUUACCCCCGUAGAUUCACCCCAUCGCCAUCGCCAUCGCCCUCACCGUCAACCUCGCGGACCUCACCGCCCCCGCCAGAAGUCUUGACGUUUGACCCGCAAUACCCCGAGUCGCAAUACGUACCCCGUGGGAUCGGAAUCAGCCGGUUCUCGGAGGACGACGCUUUCGAGCAGAACGAUCGGAGGAGGUCGAACGGAGGUGGCGGGCCUGGUGGUGGUGCUGGUCGUGGUGGUAAUGGGGAUGACGGCGGGGACGAUAGCGAGGACGACGGACAGGACGUGGCUUUCGAGUCGGUCGACCUGGAUGGAGCAGGAGCUCAAGGACAGCUCUCCUCGCAGUUCGCUCAGAGCCUAUACCUCUCAUCUCCUACUGCAGUAGGACUCUCACCCACUGGCCACAUCCUACAGCGCUCUUCCUUUGCCUACGGCUCAAACUCUAAUACGGACGAUCCUCGAUACAGCGAAGAUGCGAAUGCGAGGAGACCCGUCUCCGCCAACGGACACGCCUCAAAGUCGUUCUUUAACAUCAGCCGGUCUACUACCCCACGACCAAAUCCGAGGACAUCGUCAUCACACGAUUCACACCCGAUGUCUCCGGCAUCUCCGUCUGCUACGGUCGGUCGCCGGACACCCGACCCGUCAUCAGCGAGAACCACGACAUCCAGCUCGACUUCAGCUUCAACCUCUCCUACACCCACAACCCAACCUCGUCCCCGUAUCCACGCACCGCCAGCCAUCCCUCACUCCUUGAACCCAUCCGUGAUGGCCGCCCUGACAUCCAACCAAUACCCAUCCACGGCCACCUCUUCUUCUCCGCAACUCACCGCCUUGCCCUCAAAAUCGGCUAGCGGAGCGUUCUCUCUCUUGAAACGCAAUUCCUUGUCCCUGACCGGCAGCCUGAGGAAUGCGAAUGGGGGUAGUGGGAGUGGGAGCUCGGGCUUGGACAAAGUGAGGAGUCGGACGAGGAUGGUCCAUCUCCCACCCAAGGAUAAAGAGGAGGAUCAGGCGCAUUUGGAGAGGUGGAAGAGCAUGAUGGAAGAAUCCAGGUCGGCCGAACAAAAACGCCUGUCCGACGCCGCCCGCCGCGCCUCUGAAAAGUCUAAACACCAAGCAGAAUGCAUACCCAUCUGGGAAGGGGUCAUCCUCCCUGCCGGUGGUCCGAGGGAAUGGAAGAGGCUCGUCAGGGCGGACACCAAGAUGGGGGAGUUGUGGUUCGAGGGUAUCCCGACGCAUUUGAGGGGGAGGAUAUGGAGUGCUUGUAUAGGGAACGGGUUGGCGCUUUCCAAAGAAUCAUACCGAGCUUGUGCAUACCGAGCGAAAAAGGCCAUCGAAUCGAACCGUUUCCCUGCCGAUGUUAUGCGACAUAUCGAGGACGACUCGGUGGCCACUCUUUCGACGACCAAGCUGUACGGGAAGAACGGACCGAUGGUGGAGGAUUUAAGAGAGUUGUUGGCCGCAUGGUAUGUCAGCCGGGUGGACGAGGGGAUGGGUUAUGUCCGAGGGGUACACCUCCUCGCGGGCAUGCUGUUGAUGAACAUGAACAUCGCCGUGGCCUUCAUCUGUCUCCGAAAUCUCCUGGAUCGACCUUGUCUCCGAGCAUUCUAUUGCGGGAUAGACGAAGAGGUCGAAGCUUACUACCGAAUAUUCGACAAUCUUCAAGCAGACCUCUUUCCCAAGAUUUAUGCCAAUUGCAAGACCGUCGAUGUCCGGAUUCCUUCGACGUAUUUCACCACCUUGUUCUUGCAUCAGAUCCCGUUCGAAGCUGCCGUACGUGUGUGGGACUUGAUUAUGCUAGAGGGCGACGGCCAGAUCUUUCGGAUCGGCCUGGCCAUCCUCUCGAUCCUCGAACCGAGGCUGUAUUUCCCUGACAAGAAGGAGAUACAGAGCGUGUUCGACGGAAGGAACGCCGCUGCCCUCGCCAUUGUCAACCGGGAAAAGGAACGGGCCAGACUCAAAGGCGUGACUUACGAUGCCGAGGACGAUGGCGUCUUGGCCCCAUUUGGCGUGAACGAGGACGCGAUCUUCGACGCCCUCAGUAAUGACAAUUGGAAAGAGAGUCGUUACGAGCGGUUGCUGACAAGGGAAUUACCCGAGUGAUGCACGGGGCCUUUGGGGAGAAGUAACCGUCCUUCCAAGGCGCGUUCUAUAAUGACAGGAGAUCUCAUGACGACAACACAUAACGAACCCAUACCUAUACGCAUGUAGAUAGAUACAGUG